GGAUCCGUCAUACGUCACCUGAAUGCGGAAGUAAGUUCCGGAUGUUCCGUUGAAAACAGUGUUUUUAUUUUCCUAAAGCAAGAGUUCUACAAAGGAUUUAAACAUAAAAUCUGGAGAUUAAACAAGAGUAAGUCUUGACAGAAUAGACACUGAAGAUGUCCAAUACAGACUUCAAUUUGCAGUUCCAAGACUUCGGUGACGAAGACGUGGGCGGAGCAGACAGGAGCGACGGCGCCACCGUGGUGCAUAUGGAUGAUGAGCGCUCGGGGAAAUCUCACAUGCAGCGGCGUGCACAGGGCUCCGAGGACGAGCUGCUGGACGCUGACGACCAGACUGAGCUUCUCAGCAGUGAGAGGAAAAAUGCUGCUUUCUGGACUCUGGAGUUUUAUCAGACAUUGUUUGACGUGGACACGUAUCAGGUGAUUGACAGAAUCAUCAGCUCUGUGCUGCCGUGGCGCGGAAAAAACUUUGUUCGCCUUCACAUCAGGAACAACCCCGACCUCUACGGACCGUUUUGGAUCUGCGCCACGUUGGUGUUCGCCAUCGGAGUGAGUGGCAACAUGUCGAGCUUCCUCGUGCACCGCGGCCAGCCGCGCUACAAGUACGUCCCCGAGUUCAGGAAAGUAACGAUGGCCGCUACAGCGAUCUACAGCUACGCCUGGCUGGUUCCUCUGGCCCUGUGGGGCUUUUUAUCCUGGAGGAGCAGGAAGAUCUCCAGCAUGCUGUCCUACUCCUUCCUGGAGAUCGUCUGCGUCUACGGCUACUCGCUCUCCGUCUACAUUCCUGCUGUGGUGCUGUGGGUGAUACCGAGUGAGGUUCUCCGGUGGAGCUCCAUCAUGGUGGCUCUGUGUCUGUCCGGCUCGGUUCUGGUGCUGACGUUCUGGCCGGUGAUGAGAGACGAUCGGCCGCGUGUCGUCCUCGCCGUCCUCUCCUCCGUCGUCAUACUGCACGUCUUACUCGCCGUUGGCUGCAAGGCGUAUUUCUUCAGCACGUACGAAAGUGUGAAUGUUGAGGACCUGCUGCAGAACAGGGACGGUUUAAUCACCACAAAGGCACACUGAUGUCGUUAAGCGUGCAGGUUUUGCAGGUUCUCUUGUUGCCUCGUUGUCCAGAAUCGAGUUUCACACAGACGAGGUCGCAGAUCAUCAGAAAGACACGAGAUCAGGAGUGUGUGUGUAGGGGGUGUGUGGUUUCUGACUUAAAUGUUCCUAAAGAAUGUCUGAGGGAUUUGUUUUAAUCUUUUACAUUAAAUGUUCAAUGCUCCUGGGGUGUUUAUAGAUCAUUACAGAGCUGAUCUAAAGAUCAAUGUUUGAAUGUUUAUGUUAAAAAUGUAUAUAUUAGAAUGAAAUUGUGUUUCUCAAAGCAGAUUACUGCUAUAUUUUAGCUAUUUUGGGGCUAACUGGGGAUAACGAGGAUAUUAUUAUUAUUAUUAUUAAGUAUACUGUAUAUGGCAUGUUGCUGUGUCUGAAGGCCAAACUUCUUACUACAUAUUUAAUGUUUAAUAACUCUUUUUCAUCACACUUACUUUCCACCAGUUAGAAACAUUAGCGAUUGAUAAUCUGUGCCUUAAAUAUGACUUUCUCCCUGUAAACACUGGAAUGUUGUACAGACCUGUCGUCUGCUUUCUAAUGAACACUUUGUAUAUGAAAAUAAAAUGAUUCAUUGCUUGGUUUAA